CGCUGCGCGCAGGCGCAAGAGGACGACGCGACUGGGCCGGAAGGAACGCGGUGGUGCCUUUUGCUGAAUGAAGUGGUGGCGGCGGAGACAGCGCCUGAGACUGGGGUCGGUCCCGAGUUAGCGCGCCCUGGGGUUCCUCUGAGCACUUCAUUUCGAUACUUAGGUACUAGCUCGUACAUAUAUGUGCAAAUCUGUGUUUUAAAAUGGCAGAGGGAGGUGGCAAUGAAGAGGUGAUUCACUUAAACAGCUUUCAUGGUCACAGAGGGAAAGACAGGAUAAGUCACAGAGAUGAAGGACUCAUCACCAUAUCAGACUCCUCAGAUGAAGAACUUGCUCUCUUACCAAGGACAUCAACUUCUCGACAUCAUGAAGACGAGGAUGACUAUGACUAUGAUGACGAUGACGAUGAGAAUGAAGAUGACGACGACGAGGACGAUGAUGUCGUCAUCUUGGCAGAAACAAAUAAACAGCAACUAUUGCGGCCUAUUGUCAAGCCUGCUGCCCAGUGGCAGGAUCUGAAUAGACUGGGAGAAGGAGGGUCUAAAAAGAAUAUGACUACAUUUCUGCAAGAAACGAAUGAUCUUUUUUCAACAACAAAUAAUGAACAAAGGUUCAGUGAAAAUGACAAGAAUAGAAACCAAGACCCUCAGUUGCCUGGCCCUUCUGAAAACAGUAAGCACAGGGCCAAAAAAGACCGGAAUCCCAAGCCUGGACCAAGUAAUACUCAAGCUAUAAAAGUCACUCUGAAAUCCAAUGUGAAGAAGGAAAUAAUCAAUUUAGAAGAAGCUAGCUUUCCAGGCAAACUUCCGAAUGUGGAAAACCAGUCACCUGAAGACUCUGAACCAGAGCUUAUACCAAACCUCCAAGAAUCAGCUGCUGCAGUAGAUGAUCAGGUCAUAAGAGAAAAUAGUUGGUUAGAUCAUCCUUAUUUUCAACCCAUAGACCAAGAACCGAUUGAAUUAGCAAAUCAGGUUGUUCCCCAGCAGGGGCAGCCUGAAGCAGACCUCUCAUACCGAGAUGAAAUUCCAGGACCAGCUUUUCCAAGACCAGAACCACAGCAAGAUGGGAUCCCAGGCCCUUCCUCUCCUCAGCCUGCCCAUCCUCCUGGAGAACUUAAGGACCAUCAGUUAGCAAUAGAUGAUGAACAGCCUGGUCCAGCUUUCCCAUUUCCAGGGUCUCAGCAGCCUGACUUGGGAAAUGUUUCAGAACAAGGAGGCAGUGAUGGAGAUCAAGAAUUUAUUUCACUACUAGUGAAAGAAACAGAAGCAAGAUUUCCAGAUGUAGCAAAAGGGUAUAUUGAAGAAAUAAUACAUUUGAAGAAUUUUUAUGAUUUAAAUGUCCUUUGUAAUUUUCUUCUGGAAAACCCAGAUUAUCCAAAGAAGGAAGGCAGAGUGAUUUUGAAUCCUAAUAGCAGCCUGCUUGCCAGCCAAGAUGAGAAAAAGGUGUCUAAAGUGGACUAUUUUGACUUUUCUAAACUUACUCCUCUUGACCAGCGUUGCUUUAUGCAAGCUACCGAUCUACUCAUGGAAGAUUUCAAAAUGCUCAGCACUCAGGACAUCAAGUGGGCACUGCAUGAGCUCAAGGGACACUAUGCAAUCACCCGAAAGGCCUUUUCUGAUGCCAUUAAAAAAUGGCAGGAGCUAUUACCAGAAGCCAGUGGAAAGAGAAAAAAGAGGAAAGAAAUGAAUCAGUAUUCUUACAUAGAUUUCAAAUUUGAGCAAGGUGACGUAAAAAUAGAAAAGCGGAUGUUCUUUCUGGAAAACAAACGUCGACACUGGAGGUCUUAUGAGAGGCGUUCACUCCUUCCACCUGUGAGAAAAGAGCAAGAAUUCUAUGAGAAGAAAGUCAAGGAGAUGGCAGAGCAUGCUGACUUUUUGCUUGCCCUGCAAAUGAAUGAAGAACAGUAUCAAAAGGAUGGGCAGAUGAUAGAGUGCCGUUGCUGCUAUGGAGAAUUUGCAUUUGAGGAGCUGACUCAGUGUGUUGAUGGUCACUUAUUCUGCAAGGAGUGCCUAAUCAAAUAUGCCCAAGAGGCAGUCUUCGGCUCAGGAAAGUCAGAGCUCAGCUGUAUGGAAGCCAGCUGCACGUGUUCAUUCCCAACCAGUGAAUUAGAGAAGGUGCUGCCAGAAACCAUCCUGCGAAAGUACUAUGAGCGAAAGGCUGAAGAAGAAGUAGCCGCUGCCUGUGCAGAUGAACUGGUCAGGUGUCCCUUCUGUAACUUCCCAGCUCUUUUGGACAAUGAAGUGAAGUGGUUCAGUUGUCCCAAUCCUCGUUGCAGAAAGGAAACCUGUAGGAAGUGUCAGGGACUAUGGAAAGAACACAAUGGCAUUACCUGUGAACAGUUGGCUGAAAAAGAUGACAUCAAAUAUAGAACAUCUAUUGAAGAGAAAAUGACUGCUGCUCGCAUUAGAAAAUGCCAUAAAUGUGGGACCAGCCUCAUAAAAUCUGAGGGCUGUAACCGUAUGUCUUGUCGCUGUGGCUCCCAAAUGUGCUACCUCUGUCGGGCCUCCAUCAAUGGGUACGACCACUUCUGUCAGCAUCCCCGAUCGCCAGGAGCCCCUUGCCAGGAAUGCACCAAAUGUUCUCUUUGGACUGACCCCACAGAAGAUGAUGAGAAGCUCAUCCAAGAAAUUCAGAAGGAGGCUGAAGAAGAGCAAAAGAAGAAAAAUGGAGACAACAACUUCAAACGGAUUGGGCCCCCCAUGGAGGCAGCUCCUGAAAAACUCCAGAGGAUUGAAGUCAUCCCAAGACCUGUUCCACAAAACCUUCACCAAGCCAGGAUCCCUCCUUAUCCCUUUGUUCACCCACCCUUUCCUCUGCCUCCUGUUCGUCCCAUGUUCAACAACAUUCCCCUCAACUUAGGUCCCAUCCCUGCCCCCUAUGUCCCUCCUCUGCCAAAUAUGCGAGUGAACUAUGAAUUUCCCCCAAUCAAUGUCCCACUGGAGCACAACUUACCUAUGCACUUUGGUCCUCAGCCACGCCAUCGGUUUUGACAGGUGGGAUAGAUACCUGAAGUGGAAGCACUGCCGAGGAGGACCAUCCUGCGUAACAACUCUCCUUCUCCCAACUCCCUUCAUUAUUCCACAGAACUGAAAGGAGCAGCCUGAAAAUCUCCCCCAGUUAAAUUUCAUGGUGGGGAGGGGGGGCUGUUAAAUAUACACAGCCUAGUUCAGAUGUUUACCCCACUUUUUUCCCCUAAAACCAGUAACUGCUGCUGAGCCCGUAGAGGUGAAGUUUACACAUUGGGCUGCCAAACAUGACUAAUUUGGGGCCAAUUUUCCUUUUCUUCGAUAGUGAUAGUAGAGAGACCUACCCAGGCCCCAAACUCUUCCCAGGAUCCACCCUUCUCUCUCUUUCCCCUCCUUCCUUCCUCUCGCGCGCUCGCGCUCUCUCUCUCUCUCUCUCUCUCUCUCUCUCUCUCUCUCUCUCUCUCUCUCUCUCUCUCUCUCUCUCUCUCUCUCUCUCUCUCUCUGGGUCUCUCUCUGUCUCUUUCUCUUCCCCUUCCUCCCUCUCUCCCUCUCUCAUCUUUCUCUGUCUUGCCUUUUCCUGUAUUUUAAAGUGUAAGUAGUCACUGCUCUUUUAAGUACAGCUGAGAAGAAUAGAAGAGCCCAGGAUCCCUUGGAUACCAAUAACAGGAUUUGCCUGUGUUAUUUGGGGCUGGAGGAUUCCAGGAAGGAGAGGGAAGUAAAACCCACUCUGCCAGAAAAUGACCAGCACAGCACUUGUCAGUAAGCAAGACAACCCUGUGCUGUCCAUUAAUUCGUUCUGAAAUUGUCCUAAAGGAGACAGAAUGAGGUGAAAGAAAAGCUGCUUUGCCUGCCCCCGAUCAGAACAGACAACAGGGAAGUCACCACCAGUGAUCCAGGAAGGGAGGACUUCUCAUUUUCUAAUUAAAUCGGGACUUCUACACCUGAGCUAGUUAAUGAAAAUAGGAAAGUACAUUCAAGGCAAUUGAUACAUCUAGGCGAGAGAUGAUAGCUGGUGGUUCAUUAAGAACUCCCCUUAUAAUGGCCAGUAUCUUCCCUGGACUCCCACUAGGGUUGUCAAAGGACAGCACUUGGCAAUGAGAGAUUGACCUCCAGUUUCAGUCCAGUGGCAACCAGGUGUAAUUAAGGAAGGUAAAUGAUCCUCAUGCCUCUUAGCUCAGCUCCUCCAAAGCAGAGCAGAAUAGGUCUCCACUGCUUACUUUAGGCUAGUUUUACAAGCACUCGUGUCUAAAUCCUCUAAGAAGAGGCACGGCUACUGGUCCUGAGCUCCAUCGGCCAUAGAGUUAAAGCCCAAGUCCCUCUUCUCACUCUGGGAAUGAGUGGAAACAGUCUCAGCUGCAUUAGCUUUGUCACAUGGUCAAAUGGGAGGGAGCUCCCUGCGUGGUCAAAUGGGUCCUCCCUGAUCUGAGAAGAGGAAAGACGUUAAUGACCGGUACUUUAUAAAUACAAGAGGCCCCACAGACCAAAACGUUGAGAUUCUCUAGCCCAGAUCCCAGUGUUGAAUUUCACCUCACCUCUUGAGUGUGACAACUUGCACUAUAAGUGUUGUUCAUCCAGAAACGUUUUCUCACUCUCUUCCCUUCAGCCCCAUCCCCUCCCCCUUUCUACUGCCUCAAAAAAAAAAAUCAUCACUAAAUAAUAUUACUGUUUGGGACUUUGGAAAUAAACUUCUGACCUGAUUUGUUUGCCCCAUUCUUCUCUGAUUAUCUAUGCCCCACUUUGGUUCUCACUCCCUGGAAAAAUCCCUUUUUCUAAAAUCAGCUCUUCCAGUACAACCUAUUAGUAAGAGCUGGUCUUAAACUCCUUUAGUUGCAUUGAAACAUUUCUCCCAGUAUUUACCUAGAACAGUCCAUGUCUGGAUUGUAGCAUUGCUAUCUGGGGGCCUCCCCUUCACUCUUCUCCUAGCCUAGUGCUGGAAUAAUCUUUGUUGACAUUAGAAACCCAUGGUUAACUUUCUCAACUUUUGCUGCUAAGUUUUGUUUAUAUAGAGAAAGGAGAAAAAGUCUAUAUAGGGAUGUAAAUUUCUGAAUGCUGCUUAAGCUGGUCUUUAUUCAGGUUAAAACUGCACCUUACCCUAAAAGACAUUCCCUUGGACAGCCAGGGGCAGGCAGGCCAGCAUGCUGUUAACACUGUAUUUAAGGAGGGGCAGGAGGGAACACUGAGCAUCCCACUUCUUUUUGUGCAUCCAAUUUCCCCUCGAUGUUAAUGUGAUAAGUGCUCAUGUGUAGGUCUUAGUUAUUAGCAUCUCUGAAGUCUUUUCCUCUGGAAAUGUCUUGGCUUCUGGCUCUAGAAUAUAGCUUGCAGUUCAGGCUUUAGGACCUGUGGCACUUCCUGCUGUAACUUUUUCCAAACCUUGUUUGGAAGAUUGGCCUGUGGCAAUGAUACUUCAGUCACAGAAUGAGCCAUUUUACAUGCAAGGGUUCAACCAGAAACUUUCUCCCACUUCCAUUGCCUGCUGAGUAGCUUACUUUUAUUCCCUCCAAUUUCUCCCACCCCACAGAUUUGGAUUUCCUUUCUUUCUUUGUUCCCCCUUUGCCAUCAGCUUUCUAUGUAUAAGCUAGAACAUAUUGUCAGUUUGCUUACUUCGAUUUUCCUAGUAAAUGCAGCUGAUUAGUUACUUGGGGUCUGGCUGAAGGCUUUACUCUUAAAUGUCAGAUGCCCCCUUGCCCCCUUUCCCCCCCCCCCCCAAAAAAAAGGGUUAGAUGGAAGUGUGUAUCAUUAUGUAUUUUUCUAUUUCAAGCAUCAUUGCUGCAACAGUAAAGGUCUCCCUGUUACCAGUGAGGAUACUCUUAGAACUAUGUCUAUUAGCAUUGGUACGUCAAACAUUAACCAGAAUAGAGCCAUGUGGUUUACUGGUGAUCAAGUUGUCACCCAUCAACCGAUUAGACACGCUUCAAAGAUCAGAAAGGAAAAAAGUCAGCUCUCCAAAGAAAUGCCUUUUCAUUCUUCUGCCUUCCCACAUGAUAUGAUCUAUUAGGACCUAGUAGCUCUCUUAGGAUUGGUUCAAGAGAUGUGACAGAUGAGAACAAUGGAUUUUGAACAGAGGGCUUAUGGUCCAGGUACUUGUAUCUGUAUCUUUAGGAAGAGCUCUUCUCUGGGUUCUCUUCUCAGUUUCCAUCCAGUCCCUCUUGAGGGUUAUGCCUGUUUGUCUGCCUGAGGUUCCGUACUAGCCCUAAUAACCAGUGCCUUUUCCAUCGGUAUUUUUUGACAUGUGUCAUGUGUCACGGAUGUGCCUUGCGGGGCAAUAGGUUGAUUUAUCACAAAGCACAGGAGCUCCUUUUAUCAAGUAUUCGUAAGAGAAGGUUCCCCCCAUCACUUCCUUUGCGACAGUGGUUGUAGGAACCAUUGAAGAAUCGUAGGAUUUCAGAAUUGGAAGGUCACUGAGCCAGGACUUCCUUUACAGCGAGCUGCCUCACCCAGGGUGAAGUGCUGGGUUUUCUAUCAGCUUCAUGCAUGCUUGCCCUAGACCGUAUGUGUAAGCAUCUUUCCACUCUGGAGGCAUGUGCAUGCACCUCCAUGCUUGCACAGUCACGCUCGGCCAUGCAGGAGAGUCAGAAGCUAGUAUGUGGCAAGUGGCAUGUGUAGCACCACCCAAGAGAACAGUGAGUCCAAUGAGUUGUCACCUUCAUUAAACCAUUUACCUCCUACUUUCUGUUCGUUUGCAUUGCUUUGCGGUGUGUAUAUGUUACCAUGUUAAAUUUGGAGAACAAGACAGAAAAACGUGCGGUUCUGUAACAGCUGGGGAAAGACGGAUGGUUUUUAGGGUGGCAUGUGUAAGACAGGCCCAUUAAAAGCCUGGACAAAACCCCCCUCCCUGUUCUUGGAAACCACUGCUUUGGCUGUUUCCAUUUGUGUGUAGUUGUGCUCUCUUAGCUGGGAAAAAUGCUUGAUAUCCACCAUUGAUUCUACUCAAAAUGUUGAAGCGACGUGAUGAUGUGGAAAGACCACAGGAUUUGGAGUCAGGAGACCCGGGUUCAGAACCUGACACUGCCCGUGUGACCUUUUGCAAGUCACUUAAACUCGCUGGGUCUCAGAUUUCUCAUCUGUAAAAUGAUGGGGGUUGGACUAGGUGACCUCUUGGGUCCCUCCUAACUCUAAAUAUAUUUGGUGACGAACUCUUGCAGUUUGCAACAGGCAAUCCCAACAGCCGACUUGACUUAACCCUGCUCAUUUUCCAAAUGGUAUUUGGAUUUUAAGCAAACAGAAACCCUUUUUCCUUAUUGUUAGCUACCUAGGUUUGCAAAACUUGCAGAGUUAAUAUUAACAAGUCACAGAUGAGGCGGAGGAGCUUCAUUGAAAUGAAAAGGAAUUGGGCAAAUAGUUGUUUUUGAUGGUGUGGUCACUACCACCCAGUUUUCGCAUCUUGUUCUGUUUGCCAGUGGGAGCGAGUUUUUCGGAGACAGGAUCCAUCUUCUCCCAGGGCCCUUGCGUUGGGAGGCAUAUUGUUGCAGAGGAUCAUCUCUGCUGUGCCCUAUCGUGAGGGGUGAUUGAAGAGGCCAAAGAGAUCUGAUCCCAUCCCACUGGCAGGCAAUCAUGUGCACAGAAAAAAAUGACAGGAAGUCCAAAGCGAUUAGCCCAGCUCCUGGAAAAUAAAGCAAAAGCCAACAAAAGGCCUCCUGAUCUUUCAGGUUCGGCGUUGUCUAGUUUGGCUCCUUUUAUGCCACAGUCAAGGCUCUCUAGCCCCUCCAGCCUGAGGCAGCUGCCUGCAGGAGAGGUCUCCGAGGUGAGCAAGGUUCCACCCUUCCCCAGUUAGAGUCCCAUUUUACUUGCCUUAAUGGUGGAAAGAGGAAUUUAGUAUUUGCACUUAGCAAAACAUUUUAAAACUGUAAAGAAUUGUGCAUGAUCUACAACUUUGUAUAACAAUAGAUGAAAAUGAAUAGGUGGUUUAUUAAAAAUAAAUAUUUUUCUUUACCUUCUGGUAGUAUAAAAUAAUAAAAUAAAAGCUGUUAUGUUUUCUUGUGUGUAAAAAGUCUGUAUUAUAUGUAAUUUGGAUUUUUUUGUAAAUAAAUUUUUGUG